GAGCAACCCUCGCGCACCACCAUCGUCACCACGCUUCCCACGCUUCCCACGCUUCGGUCAAUACUUCGUACUUCGCCUUUCCUCUUGGCCCUCCGAGGUCGCGACCUCUGCUUCCCUUUGACCACAACCUCCGCAUUGCCGCGCCAUCUCCAUCUCUCUCUCUUGUCAUGGCCCGGCAACGAGCACCCUCGUCUGCGAGCACCAACUCCGGCUCCAAUGCUGUCAAGGACCAGGAGCUCGGAAGCAUGUACGACUACCUCGCCAAAAUAAUACUACUUGGACCCAGCGGCUGUGGAAAGUCCUGCCUCCUCCACCGCUUUGUAAAGAAUGAGUGGCGCGUCCUCUCCAGCCAAACCAUCGGAGUCGAGUUCGCCAGCAAAAUCGUCCGGAUCGGAACCCGCCCAAACAUGAAGCGCAUAAAACUCCAGCUCUGGGAUACAGCCGGCACCGAGCGCUUCCGCAGCGUCUCGCGCUCCUACUAUCGCGGCGCCGCCGGCGCAAUCCUCGUCUACGACGUCUCUUCGCAUGCCUCCUUCGCCGCCCUCCCGAACUUCCUCAACGACGCCCGCGCCCUCGCCUCGCCAAACCUCACAGUCAUCCUCGCCGGGAACAAGAUAGAUGUGGGCGACGAAGACGCCCAACUUGACACCGAAGGUGGGGGGAUGAGCUUGGACAACACCCCACCGCCCUCCUCCCUCUCCUCGCGAAACUCCCUCCUCUCAACCCCAAGUUCGAAUCGCCAGAGCAUGCUUGGAGCGCAGUCUACAGCGACCUCACACGACGCAUUUCGCGAAGUUGCGCCCGAGACCGCAUCUCGCUGGGCCUCGUCCCUCCCUGUCCCGAUUCCCGUCGCUGUCGAAGUCUCCGCCCUGAGCGGCGAAGGCGUGGACGAGCUCUUCCACCGCCUCGCACGCAUAAUCCUUACAAAAAUCGAGCUCGGCGAGAUCGACCCAGAUGAUCCCGCCAGCGGGAUACAGUACGGAGAUAGCGGGGGCUACGGAGGCGGGGUAGACGACGAUGGUAGCGUCAAGAGCGGGAAUUUCGGGAACGAAGAGGGCGUACGGUGGCGGAAAGGGAGGAACAACAGGGGCGGAGGGGGUGCAGGGAGGUUGACUGGGAUGAGAGAAUGGGAAGAAGUCUUCAGACUUGGCCCGAGACGGAGGGGUGGGAACUGCUGUUGAUUUUCGUCAUCCGCUUUUUAUCUGGUCUUCUUAGAGCGUUCAGCGAUCAGGGGUCUGCUAUGCAUAGCGUGGAGUUUAGAGGCGCGAGGGAACUGUUCAUAUUGGUCCAGAGUACACCGGGAAGUUCCAGUAGUGAUACUGGCUUCUCGAGCUCAUUAUUCGAAUCUACACAGCACCGAGUACAUAUAUAGACGCUUUAAUUCUUAGUACCCACGAGACUCGCACUUU